CUGGCAGCAGUCGCAUUUUUGCGAUAGUGCAACUCUGUUAAAGACAACUAUAGUGGGUGUUGUGUUGCUUUUGUAACAAAAACCAUCGACAUCUGUGUGAAGCGACUUACAGUGUCAUCAAAAAAGUAAAUUCGAACAAUUAUGAUCGAAGCGUUGUGGGACGUUUACGAAUAUGACGAAUUUGAUGAAUGCCGGAGGCUGUACCGUGAUGAUUUUAUGUUUUGCACUGCAAACUUGUAUCUAUAUCCGAAACCCAGUUCUAUUAUUUGGAAUAAAAUACAGGAAUAUUCGCAGCAUCCCCGUCAUUAUGAUCGCAGAACAAAAGAAGUGGGACAAUGUUUCCCUAUUAGCCUCAUGCCACAUAAUGAUAUGCAAUACAAGAAUAUAUCAAACAUAAUGGAGGCUCAUUUAAGUGAAGAUGCAUGGCAGAAAUAUAAGCUCAACAGCAGUGUCGAAGUCAUGGAAUGUUUAAGUACAAUUCAAUCUAACAUUGAUUUUUGGAGAAUUAAUGGUGUAGCUGAUGUUUUGUUUAUUUGCUGCUUUAUUGCUAUAAUACUCAUGGUAUUAUUAGCUACUGCACAGGAUAAAAUCAAAUCGUUCUACAUUUUGAUUCCAGCCGCUUCCAGCGUUGUUAAAGCAUUUUCAUUGGCUCAUAAUAUACCGAAACUUAUGCAAAGGAACAGAAAGUCAAUGCCAAAACUUGAUCACUUGGAUGGCAUUCGAACGAUUGUAACAAUGAUUAUUUUGCUGUCGCAUUCGUCAAUUCCUUUAAUAAAAAUGCCACUACAAAAUGUAGCACAAAUUGAAAUGCAAUUUGAUAACCCACUAUUUUCGGUUGCAAUGGCAGUAAAUACAUACAUGGUGCAACUGUUUUUUGUAUUAGGUGGAUUUUUAUUGGCGGUAACUAUCCUGGACCACAAACAUACAAAUAAAAUCGGAACACUGCAAUUUUUGUGGAUGCGCAUCAAGCAUCGUUUAAUAAGAAUACUCCCGCCGUAUCUUUUUGUUAUACUAUUUCAUGCAUCUUGGUAUCCUAAAUUAAUCGAUGGACCGAUAGGUUAUCGAUUCAAAGAUUACUGUGUAAAAAACUGGUGGACUAAUAUACUUUUCUUAAAUAACUACAUUCAUCCAAAAGAACCGUGCAUCCAAUUUGCAUGGUAUUUGGGUGCAGAUUUUCAGCUUUAUUUAAUUGGUACCAUUUUAAUGAUCCUUAUAAUAAGGAAUCCCAACCAGGCUAAAAUAAUUUACAUAACUAUGGUAUUAUUUGCGUUGUCGAUUCCUGCCAUCACUAUAUACGUUAAUAAAACUGAUGCAACUGUUAUAUUUAUUUUGAGAUAUAUUCUGCAAGAAAUUCGCACUUUACCUUACUACAUCAAGGUGUACAUUCCCUUCGAAACAAAUGCUGGAAACUACUUCUUCGGCAUGCUCGCGGGAAAUGUAUAUUUCAUUUACAAGAAUAAUGAUAUGGCAUUUGAACGUUUGAAUCUGAAUAUGCUCUUUCUUAGCGGAGGGGGUUUCUUUGUGAUGAUGAACUUUUUAACGAUAUUAUUGCCGGAGGAUCACCUGGUCUGUCCAUCAAUUGUUCUCGCUAUUUUUGGAACAUUACUUAAAUGUGCUUGGGGUGUCUUUCCAUCAAUUUUAAUUCUGUAUUUGGCCUUUAAAAAUCCACCAUCGAGGCUAUCCAGCAUUCUUUGUCACCCAUUAUUUGGAUUCCUAUCAAAAUUUAGCUUCACUAUUUACCUAGUUCAAUACGGUGUUGUAUAUACUGUUUACAGACAUGUGACUUAUACACUCAUGUAUAAUAGCUUUACUAUAGUAAGUGCUUGCUUAGAGUGUUUAUCCAAAAUACAAAGAUUUUCUAACCCAAAUGCACAAAUUCUAUUUCAGCUUUAUUUUACAGUACUUAUUACAAGCAUCACGCUUUCUAUCGCUUUCCUGUUACAUACAUGUUUGGAGUUACCGUUACAUUCCCUUUUUGGUAGGAACGAUCCUGGCCAACGACAUAAGCAGCAGUGAAGGAGCUCCCACACACUAUUUUUUUCUUUUAUUCAUGAAUUAGGGGUCA